CUCGGCACUGCUAUAUUUAAGGCCCGUGCAGGCUCCGGGAUCACAUUCUUCUUCCAGUCUCCGCCGAGCCCAGGGCAAGAGGAAACCCAGGACCCUCUCAUCCUCUGAAAACUUCUCCCCAGAGACACCUAAGUAGACACAGCUGCUUCUGUUGUCGCUCUCACAGCCAUGACUCUGCCUCACAGCCCGGGAGGUGUGGGGGAGCCCCGGCCCACCCAGACCGUGCAGGUGCACAGGCUGGAGCACCGCCAGGAGGAAGAGCAGAAGGAGGAGCGGCAGCACAGCCUGCACAUGGGCUCCUCAACGCGGAGACACACCUUCCGCAGCAGUGAGGAAGAGUAUCAGUUCAGCGCUGCAGACUACGCCCUGGCAGCAGCCCUGGCUCUGACGGCCUCCUCAGAGACAUCAUGGGAGGCCCAGCUGAGGCGCCAGACCAGUACCGUGGAGCUGGAAGAGCGGGGCCAGAAGCGGGUGGGCUUCGACAAUGAGUGGGAGAGGACAGAGGUCGCCUUCCUACGGACCCAGUGGCUGCUGCGCCAGCGACGAGACCGGAAGGCGCUGAGACGGCGGACAGAGGAGAAGGUCCAGAAGGCCAAGGAGCUGCGGGAGCUGUGUUCCGGCCGGGGGCCCUGGUUCUGGAUCCCGCUGCGCUCCCAUGCGGUCUGGGAGCACACCACGGUCCUGCUGACCUGCACGGUCCAGGCCUCGCCUCCACCCCAGGUCACCUGGUACAAAAACGACAUACGAAUUGAUCCCCGCCUCUUUCCUGCUGGCAAGUACCGAAUCACCAACAACUACGGGCUGCUGACACUGGAGAUUAGAAGAUGCACCGUUGAGGAUGCAGCCACCUACACGGUGACGGUCAAGAAUGCCUACGGCCAGGCCUCCUCCUUCGCCAAAGUCCUUGUCCGCACUUACCUGGGGAAGGAUGCUGGCUUCGAUUCGGAGAUCUUUAAAAGACUGAUGAUGGGCCCCAGCGUGGAAUUCACGUCGGUGCUGAAACCAGUCUUCGCCUGUGAGAAGGAAUCCUUCUCCCUGUGCUGCCUGUUUUCAGAAGACGUGUUAGAUGCAGAGCAGAACAUCCAGUGGUUCCAAGAUGGGAGGCUACUGAGAUCCUCCGGCCGCCGGCAGACACUCUACGGGGACCGUCAGGCGACCCUGAAGGUGUCCUGUGCCUACAAGGAGGACGAGGGGCUCUACACGAUCCAGGUGCCAUCACCCUUUGGGCCCCGCGAGCAGAGCGCCUACGUGUUUGUGAGAGAUGCUGCAGCCGAGAAGCCAGGCGCCCCAGGCUCCCCCCUGAAUGUCCAAUGCCUGAAUGUGAACAGAGACUGCCUCAUCCUGACCUGGACCCCACCCAGCGACACCCGGGGCAACCCCAUCACCGGCUACUCCAUUGAGCUGUGCCAGGGUGAGUCUGAGCAAUGGGUGCCCUGCCACCAGGCCCCCGGUGGGACCUGUCGGUGCCCAAUCCAAGGCCUCAUCGAAGGCCAGAGCUAUCGGUUCCGGGUGAGAGCCAUCAGCAAAGCGGGCAGCAGCGUCCCCUCCAAGGCUUCAGAACCUGUCAUCAUGGGUGACCGUGAGGAAGCCCUGAGGAAGACAGAGAUCCCCUUUGACCUGGGAAAAACCAUCACGGUCAGCACAGAUGAUUUCGAAGACGCGGUGACCAUCCCCUCACCUCCCACCGACGUCCACGCCAGCGAGAUCCGUGAUGCCUAUGUGGUUCUGGCCUGGGAGGAGCCGAGGCCCCGGGGCAGAGCCCCGCUGACCUACUUCCUGGAGAAGUCAGUCAUAGGUAGUGGCACCUGGGAGGCCAUCAGCUCAGAAACUCCUGUGAAAUCCCGGAGAUUCGCCCUUUUGGAUCUGGAGAAAGGGAAGUCAUAUGUCUUCAGGGUGCGAGCAGUAAACCAGUACGGCAUGAGCGAUCCCUCGGAGCCCAGCGAGCCCAUCGCCUUGAAGGGGAAGCCAGCCACUCUCCCUCCUCCAGCUCAAGUUCAAGCUUUCCGAGACACACAGACCUCUGUCUCCCUGACCUGGGAGCCCGUGAAAGACAGCGCAGAGCUUCUGGGUUAUUACAUCUACUCCCGGGCGGCAGGAUCAUCCGAGUGGCAAACAGUUAACAACAAACCCAUCCAGGGCAACAAGUUUACAGUUCCCGGGCUGAGGACAGGGAAGGAGUAUGAGUUUUGUAUCCGGUCGGUGAGCGAGGCUGGAGUGGGUGAGAGCUCAGCCCCCACCGAACCCAUCAGGGUCAAGCAGGCUCUGGCUACACCCUCCGCUCCAUAUGAUUUCAUCCUCCUGAACUGUGGGAAAAAUGAUAUGGUCAUUGGAUGGAAACCCCCCAAGCGUCGUGGAGGUUGCAAGAUCCUGGGCUACUUCCUGGACCAGCACGACUCGGAGGAGCUGGACUGGCACGCCAUCAACCAGCAGCCAGUCCCCACCCAGUUUUGCAAGGUCAGCAGCCUUCAAGAAGGCCACUUCUAUGAGUUCCGUGCCCGGGCAGCAAACUUGGCAGGUGUUGGCGAGCUAUCAGCACCCAGCAGCCUGUUUGAGUGCAAAGAAUGGACGAUGCCCCAGCCAGGCCCCCCCUAUGAUGUGCAGGUGCUUGAGGUGCGGGCCACCUCCUUGAUGCUGAAGUGGGAGCCCCCGCUGUACAAAGGGGCUGGACCGGUCACAGGCUACCUCGUCAGUUUCCAGGAGGAAGGCUCGGAGCAGUGGAAGCAAGUCACUCCACACCCCAUCUCUGGCACCCACCUGAGGAUUUCUGACUUGCAGCCGGGGAAGACUUACAUGUUCCAGGUCCAGGCUGUAAAUUCAGCUGGUCCAGGGCAGCCAUCUAUGCCCACCGACCCCAUACUCCUGGAGGACAGACCCGAUGCCCGGGAGAUUGAGGUUGGGGUGGAUGAUGAAGGCUUUAUCUACAUGGCUUUCGAAGCCCCUGAGGCCCCCGACUCGGCAGAGUUUCAGUGGUCCAAGGACUACAAAGGCCCGCCAGACCCACAGAGGGUCAAGGUCGAGGAGGAAGUUAACAAAUCCAAGAUCAUCCUGAAAGAUCCUGGCCCCGAAGACUUGGGCACCUACUCAGUGGUGGUCACCGAAGCUGAUGAAGAAAUUUCAGCAAGCCACACGCUGACCCAGGAAGAGCUGGACAAGCUGAAGAAGUUGAGCCAUGAGAUCAGAAACCCCGUGAUCAAGCUGAUCUCGGGCUGGAACGUCGACAUCCUUGAGCGAGGAGAGGUGCGGCUUUGGCUAGAAGUAGAAAAGUUGUCUCCAGCCGCUGAGCUGCAUCUAAUCUUCAACGACAAGGAAAUCUUCAGCUCACCGAACCGCAAAAUCAAUUUUGUCCGAGAGAAGGGCCUGGUGGAAGUUAUCAUCCAGAACUUGACUGAGGACGACAAAGGGUCUUACACAGCCCAGCUCCAAGAUGGAAAAGCCAAGAACCAGAUCACUUUGGCUCUGGUGGAUGAUGAGUUUGACAAACUUCUGAGGAAGGCGGAUGCCAAGAGAAGAGACUGGAAGAGAAAACAGGGUCCGUAUUUCGAGGAACCUCUGCAGUGGAAGGUCACGGAGGACUGCCAAGUGCUGCUGACCUGCAAGGUGACCAACACCAAGAAAGAAACCCGCUUCCAGUGGUUCUUCCAGAAGAGAGAGUUUCCAGCUGGCCAGUAUGACCCGCAGACGGGAGCAGGACUUGUCUGCAUUGAAGAGCUGUCCAAGGAGGACAAGGGCAUCUACAGAGCAGAGGUUUCUGACGAUCGGGGGGAGGACGACACCAUCCUGGACCUCACAGGUGAAGCCCUGGACGACAUCUUCAAUGAGCUGGGCAGGAUUGGUGCCCUCUCUGCGACCCCACUGAAAAUCCAAGGGACAGAGGAGGGGAUCCGGAUCUUCAGCAGGGUCAAGUACUACAAUGUGAAGUAUAUGAAAACCACCUGGUUCCACAAAGAGAAACGCCUGGAGAGCGGUGACCGGGUGAGGGCUGGCACCACCCUGGAUGAGAUCUGGCUCCACAUCCUGGACCCCAAAGACUCCGACAAGGGCAAAUACACCUUAGAGAUAGCGGCCGGGAAGGAAGUCCGACAGCUCUCAACUGAUCUCUCAGGGCAAGCCUUUGAGGAUGCCAUGGCUGAGCACCAGAGACUGAAAGCCUUGGCCAUCAUCGAGAAGAAUCGUGCCAAAGUGGUGAGGGGCCUGCCGGACGUGGCCACAAUCAUGGAAGAUAAGACCCUGUGCUUGACCUGCGUUGUCUCAGGAGACCCUGCCCCUGAAAUCUCUUGGCUGAAGAAUGACCAGCCCGUCACCUUCCUUGACCGCUACCACAUGGAGGUGAGGGGGUCGGAGGUCACAAUCACCAUCGAGAGGGUCAACAGUGAGGACAGCGGGCGCUACGGCGUCUUCGUCAAGAACAAGUAUGGCUCCGAGACGGGCCAGGUCACCAUCAGCGUGUUCAAGCAUGGGGAGGAGGACAAGGUGCUGAAGAUGUGACAGAUGUUCAGGCAGAGCCUGAGGUCUGGUCUGCAUGCAUGAGUAGGGUCAACCAGAGGGUCCCAGCCUGGUACAGGCCAUGGAGGGGGCGCAGAGGGAGAGGGGACAGGGUGGAACCUGGGACAUGGGUCAUACCACAGUGGAGAAGCAAAGACCCAGCUGGGGUCCUGGGAGGCCUCCAGGACAGUGGGGUCAGUGAUGGCUUUGGAAUGGGAGACCUGCCGUUUCAAAUCUAAGCUCUCCGUGAGCCUCGAUUUUCUCAUCUAUCAAAUGGGAAUGCCUCCUACUCCUAAGGAUUGUUUAUGAAAACCCUUUAAAACCAUAUACCAGGGAUUCUCAACAAGAGACAGUGUCUUCCCCAAGACAGGGUCUUGGCAGUGCCCAAAUUUUUGGCUGCCACAACUGGAGGGGUCCACCGGCGUCUAGAAGGUAGAGGCUGGGGAUACUGUUAAACGGGACAGCUCCCUACCACCUAGAGCUCAACCCCAGAUGACACCAGUGCCAAGGCUGACGAGCCCUGCCAGAAACGGAUGUAACACACCAUCCCUCUGUAAGGAUGCUGUAUUUUCAACUCAUUUCAGUUCAACAAACAUUCGUUUGAUGUCUAGCGUGUCCCAGCCUGGGGAUGGCAUUGGGAGCACAAAGAUGCAUAAUACGUAGGUCCCACCCCGGAGGAGGCUUCAGCCCAGGAGGAGAGACAGACGUGGGUACAAAUGACACCAGGACACGUCAGAUGAUAAGGAUUAUAAAACAGGUCCAAAUAAAGAUCCCCUGGUGGUCAGAGGAGGGAGGCAGGUGUUUGUCCCAACUGGGGAGGGUGGGCUUUAAAACAUCUCACGGCACUAGCGGAGUUGGUUGUUGGACCCUGAAACAUGGGUCCAGUUUGGUGAGGGUCAUGGGAGGAGAUGUCCAGGGUAGGGGAUGGGGAGAACGAAGGUGAAGAGGUGGGGUGACGCCGCCCAGCAGCCUCGGAUGCCAAGCGGGGGAGUUGGAUGACCUUCAGGACUUCUUCCAGCUCCCCGCUCUGCCUGGCAGGACAGAUACGGGUUGGCCUUGCUUGCUGGACCUCAGGACAGAGCUGGGCGUUUCAUCACUCUCUGGUUUCCUUUUUUUUUUUUCAAAGAAUAUUUAGAGGGGGUGGGGUUUUUAAAGUUUGUUGUAAAGUGUUGGAAAGUCUUGAAAAUUAUAAAGGAGAAAAUAAAACUCAUCUCUGCUCCCAACACCAGCACAUAA